UCCUGACAAUGUGUUCAUCGAUACCACCAUAAUUGCCAACAUGAAUAAGAUCUAACAGCGUGCCAAGAAAGAGGGAGAUCCCGUGGGGAAGAUGGAUGGCCACUGCUGCUCCACCAGCGGGGAGACAAGGAAGCCUCAACCCUCACCAACCCCCGCCGACGCCGCCAGGCAGCGGCAGUACAGAGGGGUGAGGAUGAGGAAGUGGGGGAAGUGGGUGGCGGAGAUACGGGAGCCCAACAAGCGGUCACGGAUCUGGCUGGGGUCCUACUCCACCGCCGAGGCCGCCGCCAGGGCCUACGACACCGCUGUCUACCUCCUCAGGGGCCGCUCCGCCCGGCUCAACUUCCCCGACGAGGUCCCCGCCGACGCCUGCUACGACGGCGGCGGCGAUGACCCCCAGCUCGCCCUCUCGGCCGCCUCCGUCCGAAAGAAAGCCAUCGAGGUGGGCGCGCGGGUGGACGCCUCCCUGCGGACGAUGCCAGCUUCGUCACCACCUCAGCCGCAGCCACGGCCAUCGCGGCCGACCAAGAACCCCGAUCUCAACCAGGCGCCGAGCCCCGACAGCUCGGACGUGGACCGACAACUGUAGCUGCCUGCUUCAUCUUCUCCUGCCAUGUCGUCUCUCUUCUUUUUCUUGCUCAGUCCACAGUGGCUUGUACCGUAUUAUAUUUGCCCUUGUCUUUAUUAGUUGAGAUUAGGAAGGUUAAGAUGGUAGGCUAAACUCUUCAGAGUUAUUGAGACAGGGAAAAGAAGGGACAGAUGAAGACACAGUGAUGACAGUCUCAGACUAAUGCCGGAUUUGGGAAACCAAUGAAACAGAGUGAUCAAACGAGGGGUUUAAGUGUGAAUAAAAAGGUUGCAUCUGUUCCUGUUCUUCGAGCAGCAGCAGUGUUAGCAGAAACUGCCAUCUCCUCUUCCUCUCAAGCUCAACAACAAGCUUGUGUUUGAUUUGCUUGCAAGUCUCGAAGUAGUGUGCAUGACAACGUUAUAUGUGCAUAUCUGUGCACUUCAUCCCUACUAACAUAUUUAUGUCUGAAUUAAUGACUUUUUUCUCUCCAAGUUUUGAUCUUUAAAGAGCUUUGUGGAUGGUGUGGGGUGUGAAGUAGUGAUUCAUGAUGGUCA